AUGACUUCACCCAUCAAGCUGGAGCCUGAUAAUGGCUAUCAUUCGCAGAACAUAACCGCUACCGCCCAGCCUGUUGAUUCUUCUACCACUCAACUUCCUGGUCAAGAAGCCUAUCCGACGGAGCGCCUGUGGGAGCUUUGUCAAGAGACUUCGGUCGACAAACUUGAGAAUGGCGUCGAACUUGGCAUCGAGUUUCUCCAGAAACUCAGGCCGGCUGUUCGUGACCUCAACUCUUCCACUGGAAAUAGUUACCUUAAGACGAUAGACGGUCUUUUAAAGGCCGACAAGCGCACUCGAACUGUCGUUGGUGUCGUGGGAAGCACUGGAGCUGGCAAGUCAUCCAUCUUGAAUGCUGUUCUGAACGAGCCGCAGCUUCUCCCUACCAGCUGCAUGCGAGCCUGCACGGCUGCAGUUACCGAGUUGAGCUUCAACCAUUCAAAUGACCCCGCAGAGAAAUAUCGCGCGGAAGUCGAGUUUUUAUCCCCUCAGGAUUGGGCCACUGAGCUUCAGCUUCUUUGGGAUUAUCUGAUUGAUUCUGGUGGCAAGAUUCGCCCAGAAGCCAGGACCAAAGAUGAGGACUCGAAAAUUGCAUUGGACAAGCUCAAAGCUGUUUACCCAACUUUUGGAGAAUCUGCCUCAUCAGUUUACAGUCGUAAAGAGCUGGCUGAACACCCGAGUGUGCUAGAAGUCCUCGGAACUACCAAAAAGUUUCAGGCAAAAAAGGCAGCAGGCCUUGUUACUCAGCUUCAACCUUAUAUCGACUCUAAAGAGCGCGGUGAACAUGUCGAUGUAAUGGAAGUAUGGCCGCUCGUCAAAGUAGUUCGGAUAUACACCAAAGCAGAUGCCCUGGCGCACGGGGUCGUCCUCGUGGAUCUACCAGGCGUCCAUGAUAGCAAUGCAGCACGAGCGGCCGUCGCUGACAAGUAUAUUGAGGAGUGUAGCGGACAGUGGAUUCUCGCGCCAAUCUUGCGUGCAGUAGACGACAAGUCAGCCAAGACUCUACUGGGAAAGGCCUUUAAGCACCAACUCCAGUUCGACGGAAUGUUUGGCAAAAUAACAUUCAUCUGUUCCAAGACGGACAGUAUCGUCGUCUCCGAGUCGGUCAAGAGCCUCAAAUUGGAGAAACAGGCACAAGAGAAGUGGGAUCGGAUCAAGCAAAUCAACGAGGAGCGCAUUUGUGCCCAGAAUGAGCAGGAACAACUCGACUCAAAAAUGAAGUCUCUCGAAUUGGACAUAAAUAAAAUGAAUCGGGAGCUUUGGACUUGGAGCCGGCUGUCUAAAGGCUUCAGUGCGGGUUUGAAAGUAUACCCGCCGCCCCCAGAAGUGGUGUCCAUGAAACGCAAACACCAGACUCGCCAGACACGCAAUAGCAGGGAUCUUUCAUCAUCCGAGGACAGCGAAGACACUCUCUUGAGUGAAAACGAGCUUACAGAGAAUGACGUGACUGACAACAAUCCAUCCACAACAUCACCCCUGACACGUAUGGAUAUCGACAAAAAGAUUGCUUCACUCAUGGAGGCUUUGAAGCAGCUGGAGUCGCAGCACCUUGAGGCUCAGGAUGAGGCCUACAAGUCCUUCAAAAUAUUGAAGCUGAAGUUGAAGGCUUUCGAAAAAGAGGUGGCUGAGCAGAGGAAUGAACUUGCGAUGAUGUGUAUCAAAGGACGAAACGAUUACUCUCGCAAGGCAAUACGGCAGGACUUCGCCAUGGGAAUCAGGGAACUUGACGAGGCGGCGCUUAUUGACGAAGAUGAGAGCUUGUUCAAUCCUGAUGUGGACUUUCGUGACUACGGAAGAGUCGCUGAUUCUCUCCCCGUCUUCUGUGUUAGUAGUCACGCUUAUCAGCACUUGUGUGGCCGCAACGAGCAAGACAAUUUCAAUGCUGAAGGCUUUCGCUGUGUGGAGGACACGGAGAUUCCCCAACUUGCAAAACAUGUCCAAGGGAUGACCGAGACCUCCAGAGUCAGCCAUUGCAGACGGUUCCUGAACGACCUGCUCCAGCUAGUUGAGUCGAUGUCGAUAUGGACAAGGCCCCGUGAAGACCAGGCGCAAGCGAAUGAUGAAGAGCAAAAUUCAUUUCAUGAUAAUUUGCGUCGAGAGCUUGAGGCUGUCAAGAUAGCUUUGGAAACUGCAACCGAUGUCUGUGUGACAACAAUUCAAGAUCACUUCUCCAACUUGAUCAUCUCGACUCUUGAUUCGAAGAUUCCGGCAGCCAGAUCCGCUGCCGUAGAUGUUUGCCGAGGCUGGAGUGCACCUGAACGUGAGGGCGGUAUGCACUGGAUAAGUUACAGGGCUACGAUCAGGCGUAAUGGCUGUUACAAUGGCGCUACUGGCUCAAAGGACUUCAAUAGCGAACUCCUUGAGCCUAUCAUUGCGUCUCUUGCGUCGGCCUGGGAAGAAACGUUUUUGCGACGGAUCCCCGUCGCAAUCGACACUUUGACUACUUCUAUCCAAACAGCUUUGCGCGUCUUAUACACCCACUUUACCAAUGCGAACACAUUCCCGGGUUCCGCUCAAGAUCUUGCCGCCCUCGGCCGGCAAACGGAUAGAUACUUGGCAACAGCAGCUGGGAUUCUGAAUGAUGUACAGCAACAUAUCACCAACGCCCAGCGCCAGGCUAAUCGUCAGCUCGAACCCAUCAUCGUUCUUAGCAUGACACCUGGGUACCGCCAGGCUUUAGAAGAAAAAGGAUCUGGCUCAUACAAGCGUAUGAAAGACAUCAUGGCUGCUCAUGUCGAAGUAGUUCGGCAUACCAUGUUCGAGAAAGCCAAGCAAACUGUGCAAGAUUGUCUGGCAGCCAUGAUUGACAAAGCCCAAGAGGUCCUAAAGCGUCUGGAAUCAGAGAUCAAUGGUAUUAUACUGCAAGACUACACAAGGGUGUUACCGGGGAACAGUCCCGAGUACCAAAAGAACAAAGCCAAUCAACUGGGCAAAAUCGCAGAGAUCCUCGCCACUGUGGACAAACAGUUCACACCUGCUUCUGAAGCUGCCCCAGCUACAGGAACGGCCAGAGAGGUGAUCUCUUUACUUUGA